UUCGCACUGAGAACAUCUUUCUCUAGGUUUUCAGAGGGUCAGAGAGUCACCCUGUUUGUUGAACUUAACGCAGCAAAACCAGCAAAGCAGAAAUAGACUGAUCGCUCGCUAUCCAUCCAGGAGUGGAACAUAACUCUGUGGAGGCUAGCCAUGGGGACAGCGAGUCUGGCCUUAUUCCUGCUCUUGCCAGUCCUCGAUCCAGGGGCAGUGCAGGGGGAAGUGAUCCAGGAUUUGAAUAACUGCAGCUGGUUCUUUCAGGGCAAGACACCACCGCAGGGAUUCGACACUCAAAACCGUAUCAAAAUCUGCCAGAGGUACAAGAACCACUAUCACUUUGUAACGCUGUACCGGACAGACCUGCGGAUCCCGGUCUAUUCCGCUUACAGGUAUCCCUGCACCAUGGGUGUUGACAAGAAGCGGAGACCCAGUCCAUGGUUUUAUGAGCCACAGAUUGACGAUCCACGUGCCUCAAUGGAAAUGAUAAGCAGCAACGGUACUUCCAGUGGCAAUCAGGCGGUGGAUACAGAUUAUCAGCGUUCAGGAUAUGAUCGUGGCCAUCUAUACCCCUUUUCCUUUAAUAGUAAUGACAGUGCUACAGCCACCACUACCCUCACUAAUGCAGUCCCUCAGAAGCACAAGGCCAAUGAGAAUUGGGCGGAAGAGGCAGAAAGUAUUGUUCGUAAGUUGGCAGUAGAAUGUCACAGAUCUGGCCGGUCGAUGUACGUAGUGACAGGUUCAGCCAAUUCCACCAACAUCAAACUGAAGAACAAGAUCGUGGUGCCCGAGGUAGCUUGGACAGCCCUUUGCUGCACCUCCCCACCAGACCAGAAUAAUGAUCCCUGUCUAAAUAACAACCUGCAGUCAGAGAGGGAGAAUGUGAUGAUGUACAAUAAAGAUUUUUCUGCUGCAUUCAGGAAAAGGAUGAUGCCAGAAGAGACCACAGUCAGACUGACAGUCAGAGAGCUCCAGGAGCAAUUGGGAGUGGUCAAGAUGUUUGAGAGUUGCAGAGGAACAAGUGCAGAUGAUGAGGCAGAGACCUUCAAAGAGCCUCUCGCCUUUUAGAAAAGAAAUAAUCCGACCGAUCUUUCCUGCACCCAAGUGAAUGACUUCACACUUCCCCGUGCCGAACUCCGUCUGCCACAGUUCCACAGCUUUAAUCCAUCAAUGUCGCUUUGCAACGGUUCAUUAUCAAGCCUCUCACCAUUUUCCUUCCAUUAUUUCCCAAGAGCCUGAAGGGUUUCCUGGUUCAUUCACCGACAUGUUCAUCCACCCCUGUCAUUUUACGCUAAAUCGCUCAACAGUAUUUGUUGAUUGCAUUGUAAUUAAACCAAAGGCAAGAUUUCAGAAGACCGAUUAACCAAUUCAGAAUUCUAAAUGAAUACUGUUCCCAAAUAGUUUACUCCCUUUGAAGAUCUUUCCUCAAUCAUAGAAUCUUUUCCCUCUCUCACUCAUGGAUUCUGUUCUCCAUCAAUCCUCAAAUUCAAAUAGUCUUGUUCCCAAUAUCUCCAAAGAGAUCUCUCCCAGUGCAAUCCAAAUUCUAACCCUAACUCAAGCUACAAUCCUAGAGAAUUUGCUUGCCAAAAAUUCUAAAAUCUUAAGAGAAUCCCAUUUCCGGUUGACCUAAGUUAUUGAAAGCCACUUCUCUAUCUGUGUCAGACUAACAGAGGUCUUGUCAAAAAAACAUUUCUGGUGGUAAAACUGUAUGUUCUGUAACAAACUGUCUUUCAGCCAUGCAGGCUUCAUUUCCCUUUCAAGAGGUGUAAAUAGGUCUGUGUAGUGAGUUUGAGUGUAGCUUGACAAUUUUUAGGCUAUUUUCAUUUUGUAUUCACUGUAGCAAACUAACAAUGUCAAGAAAGCCAUUUUGAGGCUAACAUUAGGCUAAAGAAGCCAUUUUGUAUUCUGUAACAAUUAUCAAAUGCAUUAAUCAGAAUCACGAUUUAAUUACCUAUUAGUCAGAAACAGAUGAUAAAAUAAACAGUGAUCCUCAACUUGUGUUGCAUAUAAUCAAUAAUUAGUCAAUAGUUCUUUUCAAAGCUCUGUAAGCUUGCUUUAAAGUCACUAAUUAGCCAUUGUAGCUUCUGUGUAUAAGAAAGGAUUGUAUGACCAGAUAAGUGUGCUGGCAAUGAAUCCUUCCAACCUAGAUUAGCCUCAGUAAAAAUCACAUGAUCUCACGGCGAACUGAAUAACUGGAACAUUGCUUGAACAGAGAAUUGUCCAAGAUCAGAGCUAAGGAUGCUGUGAAAUAGCUCCAAUGUAUUCUUGUCUGGGAUAAUGAGUGCAGGUGAUUGUAAUAAUUGGGACCCUAAUUGGAUUAAUUCAAUAAUAAAAUUGACCAAUUAUCAAGUUACAGUGAAUCUAAUUUGAGAUGUGGUCAUGGUCAUUUGGGUGUUAAAAGCAGAGACUCUGAGGGGCUUCCUUGCUAGCUAACCACUUAUUGAAGCUCUCCCGAGGCAGGAGUCCUAAAAGAAUUAUUGGCAAAGAAGGAGUUUGCACUUCUACAGACUGAUCACCUGCAUGAAAUUGGAAAGAGGCAUUGUCUUAAAGCUGUUAAAUACACCUUUUUUCUUUUAAUAAACCACUUUUCAAAUUUA